AUGCCUCGCAAACGCAUAUAUCGCAGCGAUCUCUUCUCCCAAGAGCAGCUCGCCUCGGUGGAUGCGCUUGAAUCUGCAUUGUGGGAGCUGCAAAACCUCCUCACGAUAGAUAAUUUCAAGCAUGUUUUUCAAGAGCUGUUCGAUAACGAAAGCCCACAUAUUCUUCUCUUGGUCUUGUCGUCGUUGAGUGAGACAACUUCGUUGACGUCGUGGUUAUUGGAGUCUUUUCCCUCCGAACCUGCGGACUACGAUGCGAGUGUCCACUACAAGGCUAUAUCCUGUCUUUCUGCAGAGUUUCUUUCCUCCCCUUUUGUUGAAGACAAGAAAUUAUGUGCGCGAUACCACGAGAUAACUCAGCUCACGCCCAAGGUGUUAAAGUAUCUCGUCUCCUUGCUUCGUCCCAUUGAUAUCGGAUCGGAGCAUCAUAACAAGAAGGGCAAGACCAAACGGUCCCAGAGGAAACUUCAGCAAGUCAAGCAAGAUGACGGCGCUACAGCUUCGGUCAAGAAGUAUUUCGAUGUCCUGAACGUCGAUAUGCCUGAAACGUCGAGCGAAGCAUUUGCCCUCAUGGAUCAUAUACUCCAGAGUCAAAAGGAUAUUCUCAGGUUCUAUCUAGAGCUGCUCCGUCGUUCUGAGAUAUCUGUAUCUCUCAAGGAACGCUGUAUCACCUCUACGUCCACCAUAGAGGGAAAGGACGUUUCAGGAUCUGUGGUCGAGUUACCCUCUACGUAUCCGGUUGUUCAGCAGAUGAAGUCGGCAUUACACUUCGAUACCGCCGAGGGGUUCGGAGAAUGGAGAGUCACCAUAUCCGCAGACGCUGACAACUUUUUGCGGAGCGCCCACAAAAAGGAUUUCUCCAUAUUCAACAUCACCUUGAAGAAGAUAAAGGAACUCUCAUGUGGUCUCUUUUCCGACAACAAUCAAAGGCGUUUAAGUGGAAACGCGACGGAAGUCCCCGUGUUCGAGGCUAAGAUAUCUCAUAACCUCAGACUCAUCUAUCAGAUUGAUAUAAUCCCGGGUGAUGGUGUAGAGCAGCAAGCUAUCAAGAUUUUCGGUAUAUAUACUCAUGCUCAAAUCGACAAUCGUCUCUGGAGUUCUAUCAGCACUCAACUUCGCAAAAAGGGAAAGGAAUAUCAGAAGAGAUGUGUGGUUAGGAAACGUGCAGAUUAUGCCUCGAAGAACAUUUUCACUCCAGCGUUCUUUGCCCCACUACCUGAAGUAUUGCCAUCGGAAGACAUACUAGAUCUACGUCCUGACGAAACGGCCCAGGUUCAUUCAAGACUUGUUGUUGAGAAAUACAUUACAUUUUCGCAACCAUUUUUGAAUACUGUCCUAGCAGAUGUGGAUGCGACUUUUCCUCAUACGGUUUCCACUCAAGAGAAACGUAUCAUAGAGCAUCCUCAGUCCUGCUACGUCAUAGGUCGCAGUGGUACAGGGAAAACUACUACUAUGUUAUUCAAGAUGCUGCUCAUCGAGCGGACGUUCCAACUCAUGGAGUCGAAUUUACCUCGUCCCCGCCAGGUGUUUGUCACGAAGUCUAGAAUGCUUGCUAAGAAAGUACAAGAAUACUUUGCGAAGUUGGUCAGCUCCUUGGCAAUAGCGUCAGAACCGUCUGCUGACGUCACAAACCUACCGAGAGCUCCUCAGUACCAAUCUGAUUUAGGAUUGAUUGAUGUGGAUGAUAUUGUAGAUUGGCGAACUGAUUUGCCAGCCAAGUAUAGUGAACUUGAAGACAGGCAUUUCCCGUUAUUUAUAACAUUUGAUGGUCUUUGCGAGUUGUUGGAAGCUGACAUGGGUGUCACACGUCCUAUUGACACCAAGCGCAUCAUCACUUUUGAGUCAUUUUGCGAGUUCUACUGGCCGCAUUGUUACAAUAGCAGAUUAGAUCCUGCUUCGGUAUUCAGCGAAUUCAUAGGUAACACAUCUAUAUCUUGUGUCAAAGGACUUGACCUGAGUCUCCGUUCAGGCGUCAUUGAAGGAUCAGCAGAGACGCUGAGCGAAGAGAAGCGUUAUCUUAGCAGAGCCACUUACCUUGACCUCAGUAAACGCCAGUACUCCACAUUUUCUGACCAAAGGUGUGAGGUGUACAGACUCUUCGAGUUGUAUAUGCGCAAGAAGAAGUUCCGGGGGGAGUACGACACUGGUGAUCGAACCCAUAGUAUCUUGAAACAUUUCAUGGAGAAAGGUGUCCCGGGACAAGGACUCGAUCAUUUAUAUGUCGACGAAGUACAGGAUAACAUGCUCAUUGACACUAUGGUCUUGAGGCUACUAUGUCACAAUGCGGAUGGUCUCUUCUGGGCGGGAGACACUGCACAGACUAUCUCUGUUGGAAGUUCUUUCCGUUUCAGCGCUUUGAAAGCAUUUCAGUGGAAUAUUGAGGACAAGUACCGAAGAAAGCAUAGAAUUGGGGCUCAGCACCCGCCUGAGAUGUUUCAACUUGCUGUCAACUAUAGGUCCCAUGCAGGCAUUGUUGAUUGCGCGCGUUCCAUCAUCGACCUUCUCAUGACUUUUUGGAACGAUUCCAUUGAUCGUCUUUCUCCUGAGAUGGGAAUUGUAGGCGGGGCCAAGCCCGUCUUUUUUAACAAUAAAGAUCGCGCCCAGCUGGAGCAGUUCAUUUUUGGUGACGGCGGUGAUCCUAUCGAGUUUGGCGCACAGCAAUGCAUCAUCGUCAGGAAUGAAAUGGCAAGAGAGAGACUCCGACAGAAAGUCGGUGAGGUUGGUCUUGUGCUCACCGUAUACGAAUGCAAAGGGCUUGAAUUCAAUGAUGUCCUGCUUUAUAACUUCUUUGCUGAUUCAUCGGCUGACCUCGCACAAUGGCGCUUUGUGCUGAACGCCAUCAAGGAGAGCAAGCAGGACCCUAAGAAUCGGUCUCCUGUAUUUAACCGUAUUCGUCAUGCCAGCAUUUGUCAUGAGCUAAAAUCGCUGUACGUCGCAAUCACCAGAGCACGUGAAAAUAUCUGGAUCGCAGAUGGAUCUGAGAUAGGGGAACUCAUGAGACUCUUUUGGACGAGCAAAGAUUUGAUUAACAAUUACACUCCGAGGUCUGGUGCUCCUCGGCUUGCGUCUUCAUCGACACCAGAAGCAUGGGCUACAGAGGGACGUGAACUUUUCAAUGCGAAGCAAUUCUCGCAGGCCAAGUAUUGUUAUAUCAAGGCCAACUUCCCCUUCCUUGCAUCUGUUGCACAUGCCUAUGAUUUGCGAGCGAAGGCCCGUAAAGUCACUGGCAUAUCAAGACAAAAAGUGUUCGAACGACGGUCUUGUUUUGCAGAGGCAGCCAUUUCGUUCUUGGAAUGUGCUAAGAAGGCCAGCGCGGGCUUGAAAGACUCCAUGACCUAUCUCAGGAUCAGUGGGGAAUGUUUUGAACAAGCUGACCAGAAAUAUCAAGCUGCCCAAGUAUUCUUACGUGCUCAGGAGUACACCCACGCGGCAGAACUGUAUAGAGACAUUGGCAAAUUUGACGAGGCGGUCGAGAUUGUGAAAGCCCAUGAGGAUGAAAUGUCGUCGAAGGUUGUCGAAAAUGUCAUCAAGCUUGCGAGACUAGCAUACCUCUCCAACCAUCAGAUGACAAAGGCCCGCGAACUAUUUCAGUCAGUCGAAGAAGAAGUAGAGUAUCUAGAAGAGAGGGACCUCGAUGUCGCUCUUGCAGACUUGUUGGAGAAAGAAGGUCGACUCAGCAAAGCUGCUGAAUUGCACUACUCCGAGGGUCGCAAAGAACAGGCUAUUGAGCUUUUCCUCUGUCAAACCAAAAGCACAGAUGCUUUGCGUCGAGCUCAAGAAUGCAUUCUCGAAGAGCUUUGGCAUAGUAUAUCUUUUGGCGCUGACCCUAAUGUCGUAAGAUCAGAUCCCACUGUCUUACGGCUAAUGCGCUUUGCUUCACGACUUGAUGCGACUUCUACGAAGUGGACUAAAGCAGCUGAACGGUCAAUGUUUGUGGCCAUCACACAGGACCAGGCAACUCGGCUGCGUGAACUGGGAUUGGAAUUCCACAAGAUGGGCCAUAGUUCAGCAGCCUUGCUAUGCCUCGAUCAAUAUUUUUCUCGGUCCCUUCGAAUUCAAAACAUGACUCUUGUUGACGCAGUUCAAGAACUCAGCUUGUUUUAUACCUAUGUCGGCCUCCUUUCUGCUGCAGCAUUCCGAAUGGAUCCUUGUAGAGAUGUAGCAACUGCGGCAUUGUUUGGUUUUCGGUGGAUGGCAGAGAACGAGUUUGUUGUGCUCCAGAAUACUUGGAUGCACUCCGCAGUUCUCAAACUUCGACCUAGGAAUAUGCUUAGGGAUUCCGACUUCAAUCUCAGGCUCUCAGUACUCGAACUUCGUGUGCUAUUUCGAGAAGUUCUGAGAAGGCAUCUUAAGGAAAGGAUUGCGACCGAAAAUGACGAAUGCGCAAAGAGCAAGGCAUUCCGGCCUUGCCUCAUUUUUGGCGUAUCUGGGUUUUGUAAACGACCUGAAUGCCCGGAAGCUCACGUAUCACCUUCGGUGAUCAACCCUGGUUACUAUAAUAUGCGUAUCCGCUUGCACCUACAACAAAUCUUGAUCUUGCAGUCGCUUAGGGAGAACGCUCAUGCAGACGUGGAAUACAGAGGAACCAAGUUCUGGCUCAACCGUCUUUGCGAUGCUCUUCAUCCUCCUCAUCCUAAGUUUGGUUCCAUUUCCCAUCUCGCACUUUCUACAAUUCCCGAAGCUCAAAAAGCAUUAAACGUCGUGAAAGAUUGGGUGCGAACCGUCGUUUAUGACCGGAAGUGUCACCCCAAGACGAACUUCCUCGCGGAUGUGAUGCGGACAGCUACCUUGGCCUUUACGUUUGAUCGAAGUCAAGCAAGUUAUCUCAGAAAUGCUGCGUAUUUCCGUGAAAAAUACCCUCCGUCCACUUACAUUCGCCGAGGCAAUGUCUUCAUUCCUCGUGAUCUUCUGAACUCAAUGUCGGGAUCUCAAAUAUGGUCUCUUACUGCUGGUUUUCUAUUUGUCGAGCAUGUUGUAAAGCAAAGAUUGCCCAUCAAGAUAGGUGAUCUGUGCGAUUUUGUGGAUUUUCUUUGCAGCUCUGUCAUUCUUUGCGGCCGUCGCUCGGGAAUGUUAUUAUCACCCAAUGUAACGGUCCCUCGUAGCUGGCUCUUGCGCUUUGUGCGUUAUGAUCUGCCGUACUUCAAUGAAGGGAUACAGACAAAUUAUUAUCGCACCCUUCUGGAGCCUAUGCGGGAUCUCCUAGAACAAUUGCGUGCCAGUCAAAGCUGUGAGCAUCUCUUGUAUGGGACUAAGCGAAAUCUCUCAAACGUGUCAUACCGAGUUCGUCAUGUUUUCAUCGCAAGGAUAUUCAAGGCUGUCUGUCUAUUGGGCUACAACAUCCGCGAUGAAUUUCUCCGCAGCGAUAUCAAGAAGAAGAUACUGUCUUUUAGUCAAGAAAGAUCUCCCCUUUAUGAUCGAUACAUCGAUGCAGCCAGCGACUCGUGGGAUAAACUUGCAAAGGUUAUUCGUCGCUCACUGCAAUCCGACACCAUGGAUGAAAUGAUACUGCUCAUUCACCAGAGCAGGGUUCCGGGACAGAGGCAUGCCCUGUUGGGAGUUCGUCAGCUUGUCUACAGCGAUUUCGCAGAUAUCCAAGCGCAGCUUGGUCUCACUCAGGCUGUGCCUGCAACAUCUCCGACUACCUCAUCACAUCUUGAGGUUCCUGGGCAGGUGGCUGAUGGCGAUGGCGAAGUGGAGGAUAUGGAGGAUGCACAAGAAGCUGAAGCUGUCGAGGAGACUGCAGGCGAUGAUGCUGUGGCUGUCAAUGCCAUUCCAGUGCAAGAUAUGACAGCGCCAGAACCCACGGAAAGAGAGAUCGCUGCCGCAUUCUUGAUUCAGCGAGUAUACAGGAGGGUCCUCCGUCAUCGGCGAGGUAUAGCUAAGAGAGGGAGGGCGGGUCUUCACGCACAAAUAUACGCCUCAUGCACCAAGGAAGUAUCUCGGCUUGGUGAUAACCCAGGAUUAUAUCUUCGCCUGUUUCUGGGUCCGCUGCCCCACAUCUUAGUCUGCCUCGAAAUAAUCCGUAUCGAUACACUCAGCCAGAAGAAGAAGAUGAAAAAUGGGCUUAAAGGGCACGAGGCCAGUCCUGAUGAGAUCGCCACCCUUGAUGACUUGUUAACACAGACCAACAAAGCGAACAAGGAUGUAAUCAAACUCCAAACGGAUCUUAGCCCGAGUUCUGCGUUCCAUGAGCGUUGCGACGGCAAGGGACUCAGGAAACUAGUGGAAGAGGCUCACGUUCUAGUUUCUUCUCUCCCUUUCAAAACCUCCUCGGACUUAUCGGAUGACUUGCAUCUUGCUAUUAAAGGAAUCGUAACUGAACGUUCAUCCGCAGGUACACGCAAAAAGCCAACACUCAACAUUUGA